AUGGAGAGGCUGCAAGGACCCAUCAAUCCUUGUUUCUUAGGGGAGCAUAACUUGGAUUUGGAGUGCUUAGACCAAGAAUUUGUCAGCACAGAAAGCUUAAGAUUUGUAGAAGAAGAACCACACUUUUCAAGUUCAAGCUUUGAAGACAAAAUGCCUUUUCUUCAAAUGCUUCAAACAAUAGAAACCCCACCAUUUUUUCCCUUCAAGGAACCCAGCUUUCAGACACUACUAAAACUUCAACACCUCAAAAAACCAUGGAAUAUGAACACUAAUUAUUACAUGCCUGAAACAGACACCCAAGUUCAACCACUAGAGCUGGAAAGUUGUGUCACCCACGACAUAGUUGAUAUACACUCACCAGUCAAAUCUGAAACCAAAGAACUCCCAAACCCACAUUCAAACUCCUGCCUCGAAGGUGUAAGUCCUGAGCCCGCAGAAGAACCCUAUUCAAGCUCCUCGGUUCCAUGGAGUACUACUCAACCGCAAACCGUGCCUAAUAUUAAGACCCAUUUCUCUAAAUCCUCUCCAAUUAUCACCAGAGAAAGAAGAAAGAGAAAGCGUACAAGGCCAACCAAAAACAAAGAAGAAGUAGAGAGCCAACGCAUGAACCACAUUGCUGUUGAACGCAACCGCCGUCGCCUAAUGAACGACCAUCUUAACUGUCUCCGCUCUCUCAUGCCGCCCUCGUAUAUUCAAAGGGGUGAUCAAGCAUCUAUAAUAGGAGGUGCAAUAGACUUCGUGAAGGAACUAGAGCAGCUUGUUCAAUCUCUUGAAGCACAAAAAAUAAUUAUAGAUAUAGAAGCAGCCUCCACCACGGGCAUUUCACCCAACCAAUACUUUACUUCGCAGCGACAAUGUGACAUUCUGGCGGAGGAGGGAGGCAAUUGUGAAGAGGAAAGAACAGUGAAGAAGAAAUCUGAGACGACGGAGCUAGAGGUUUUUACAGUACAAAACCAUGUAAAUUUGAAGAUAAAGUGUGAAAGAAGUCCUGGGCAGUUGUUGAGAGCUAUUGUUGCAUUGGAGGACCUUAGGCUUACAGUUUUGCACCUUAACAUUAAUUCUUCUCAAGCAACAGUUCUUUACUCUUUCAAUCUUAAGUUAGAGGAUGAUUGUAAGCUGGGAUCAACGGAUGAGGUAGCAGCAGCAGUUCAUCAAAUAUUCAGCAGUAUCAACGAGAGGGUUGCUGCUGGCAGUACGCAGAAGUGCACAGGGGCAGAUGAUGUUUACUGCUCAACUUGCUAA